AUGAGAUCAAGCUCUAAAUGCUUUGAGAGUUCAAAAAAGGUCAAAUGUGAUGAAGGGAUUGACAGAAUCAAUAGCUUGCCAGAUAAAAUACUUGUGCAUAUACUUUCCUUUCUUCCAACAAAGCAUGCAGUGGGCAGUAGCAUUUUAUCACGCAGGUGGCGCUAUCUUUUCACUCUAUUAACCAACUUUGAUUUUGACGAGACACUCACAUUUGGUCCUAAUGAUCAUAUUGGAAAACUUGCAGUGGCUAAAGCUCGCAUACUCCAAAGCCUUGGUAUAGAGGGUUUGAAGUGGUGUAGCACUUUCAAGGAUUUUGUGGAUAGAGUUUUAAUGCUCUGCAAGUCCACACACAUCAGUAGCUUUCGCCUAAAAUGUGGUUUGGGAUUUGACUGUUCAAAUGUCAAUUCAUGGAAACAGGUUGCUCUACAUCGUGGAGUUACAGAGCUUGAUAUCUCAACACUUGCAUAUGAAUCAAGUGUGCUGCCAUUAUCUCUUUUCGUAUGUGAAACACUGGUGUCACUAAAGAUAGGUGGAGAGUUUGAAAUGAAAUUUCCUGCUUGCCUUUUGCCUCAUCUCAAAACUCUACAACUCCAUUCUGUUACAUUUUCUGAAGCCUGCUCUCUCAACAGGCUCAUUUCUGGCUGUCCUGUACUUGAGGAUUUAGUCCUUGCAGGCUCAUGGCAAUAUGUUGAAACUAUCAACAUUUCUUGCCCUUGGCUAACCAGUUUGACUAUGGACUUCAGUGACAUAUUUAUGUCUUGCUACCAUAGAACUAGUGUUGUGCUCGAUCUUCCCAAUUUGCUGCAUUUUAACUAUGUGGAUUACUUGGCAGAGAAAUACUGCAUAAAGAAUAUUAAGUCCCUCAAGGAUGCUCGUAUUGACAUUUUGUUGGACAUAGAAAAUGCGGAUUGGUUGACUUUCAGUGAUUCAGUUUUAGGACUCAUGAAUGGAGUCUCUAGUGCCAGGCAUCUGUACUUGUCUGAACUUGGAUGGAGUCGAUGUAUUAACUGGAGAGACGUAUUGCCUGACAUUCUGCAUAGCUCACCUAUGCUUGAGCAUCUCGUCUUUCCUGAGAUACUUCUAAAUCGUGUACUUGAUGAUGACUACGAGGAUAAGAAAUUUUGGAGCAGACUGCGAAAAUCACCCUACUGUCUUUCCUCAAGCCUCAAGACUAUUACUAUAGACUGCUUUCAUGGGUUUAAUGAAGAGCUGGAGAUAGCAAAGUAUCUUGUCAGACAUGGGAAGGUUUUGACAAAGCUGAUUAUAUACUGGCAAAUUAGCUCGAAGAAAGAGUAUCAAGACCUGAUGAAGUUGUUGAAGAUUGGAAGAUUAGCCACCAAAGAAUGUGCAAUUGAAGUAGGGGGAUACUAA